AAUCAUCCUGGGCUCCAGUAUCAUCCCAGGCUCCAGCACCAUCCCAUGCUCCAGCAUCGUCCCACGCUCCAGCACCAUCCCAGGCUCCAGCACCUUCCUGAGCUCCAGCAUCAUCCCACGUUCCAGCACCUUCCCAGGUUCCAGCAUCAUCCCGGGCUCCAACACCUUCCUGGGCUCCAUAUCAUCCCACGCUCCAGCACCUUCCUGGGCUCCAGCAUCAUCCCACGUUCCAGCACCUUCCCAGGUUCCAGCAUCAUCCCAGGCUCCAACACCUUCCCGGGCUCCAGCAUCUUCCUGA